AUGACCAAUAUAGUUGGAGGCAGAUCAACAGCGUUUGGUCAAUGGUCUGAAUUCACCUACGCCCAUAUUAUGCAGCUUUAUGGGACCUUGCUUCAGCAAGUGCAAAUUGAGAAUGAACCAAUGCCGAACUCUCCUCCACAGCCUAUAAACACUGAGCCGAUUUUCCAGCAUCUUGCACCUCAGCUUGCCAAUCUGCAUCUUACUCUCAUCACAGUUGACAUAGGUGAUGCAGCUCAAAUUAUCAACAACUUCCGUCCUGAUAUCGCCUUUUUCCGAGCCGGCAGUACUCUCAACUCCUCCCCAAAUCGCUGUCCAGGAGACCUAAAGGUGUCAUGGAAAUGGGGAUCUGACUGGGCAGCAGCGGAGUCGCAGAUAGAUCGCACGGAGUAUUUGCAGGUUCUGUCACAGAUCAACUUCUACAUGAAACAGCACAACGCGCGGUACGGCUUUGCCCUAACUGAUACUGAAUUGGUCCCUAUUAAGAGACUCGAUGCGAAUGGCAACCUGUUGGUAGCACGGGCCAUACCAUGGGAAGCAGGAGGGCCUGGGCGUUUGACCGUUCUUAUGGGACUUUGGUAUCUCGGGAUGUUGGGUGCAGUGGAUGAUGACUGGCAGCUUCUAUAG